UUCCCUUCCUGACUCGUUUGAGUAUGCGCACCGAGGCUCUUUCGGCACUCGUUCGUCACAGUGAUCUCUGAAAACCUGCUAGGAUCGAACGGGGCCAGCGUGAGCCGCGCGUUUUUCUAUGUCGCUUUCCUUCUCCCCGCGAUUUCGCUGCCCUUUGCCCUCCCGUGGUCGGAUGCCUGCGUUUUUCUACAGCAUCUCUCGUUUUGGCUGCAGCAGCGCUGGAUGCUUUCCCACUUGCCGAAGGAAAAUCCCCAAUAGACAUCUCCGGCCACUACCGUCAGGCGUACGUCCGCGGGUGUGUUUUGUGCCUGCUUUCGGUGGCUUUGCCGAAUUGCCGGUUGCAUUCACCCUGUGAUUCAUACAAAGAGGAGAGUGUUUUCACCCGCUUCCGUCCUGGUAAAUGCCACGAAUUUCCAGGCGGCGAAACGUCCGUUCGGGUGUCUUGACGUUCCUGGGUUGCAGUGGAGCACGAACUCUGUUCAGCGGGCGUCUGCUUGUGUGUGCUGUUCUCUCUUUCCAGUCGGCUGUCGCUUUCCUCGUUUGCAGCGAAAUUUUACCGUGCUUCACACCUGUUUCUCUCCCAUAUUUCCCCAGUGCCCUCGUUGUCUACGUUCCGCGUGUUGCCACGAGAGAUCCAACGCUCACACGCUCUCACUCUCUCUCGACCGGCACCUCGACUCUGCGCGACCGUGUCCAUGUGAACCUUGUUAAGAACUAGUCGGACUUCAUUAGUUCUCUUUUUUGGAAGGCACCCCUUGACUUUUAUUUUUUCGUUGCCUUCGUCUCCUGUCGGCGCCUCAAAAUGGAAAUGCCCUACGGCAUCCCGCCCGGCUUCGAGUUCCCUCCUGGGGCUCUCGCGCCUGCGCCUGCGAUCGCGGCGAACGCUCCUCUCAUGUCUCUCCCUCCCUCGUUUCCUCAGCAAGACGGUCCACCGCCUCACUUUCCUUUUCCUGGAUAUCCGCCGCUUCACGCGACGCCCGCUCCCGGCCUGCCACUCCCGGUGGCUGGCGCGCCAUCUGUCGCGACGCCGCAUCCGCUGCCGGGCGCGGGUGGUGAGGCCGAAGCUGGGGCGAAGCAGCAGAGCAUCCACGCGAGCUUGGGGAGUGGCGUAGGAGGUCCGAGGCCCCGCGAGGAGCGCGAAGGCCGAGAAGGCGGAAGGCAAGAGGGCCGGAGGCGAGAGGCCGAGCGAGAGAGACCCGUGGGUCCGGAAGGCGCGCGCAACCUGUACAUCCAUAACGUUCCCAGAGACGCCUCCGAAGACGACGUACGCCAGUUCUUCUCCAAGUGCGGAGAAGUCGAAAGCGUCUUCCUGAGAGUCAACCAAAAAAUCGGUCCCAAUGCGGUCUACGCAUUCGUGCUGUACAAACACCCAGACGACGCGCGAAAGUGCUUCGACACCAUGAACGGCGCCCAGUUCGGCGGCCGGAGCAUUCGCGUGGAGUAUCAGCGAGGCCGGAGAGGCGGCGCAGGUGGUCAAGACAGCCAGCAUCCUGGAGGCAGAGACAACGAAAGCAACGCACACAAUUCCAGGAACUCCGACGACCACCAGAGGCCCUCUGACCACUUCCCUUCCCGCGAUGGGCAGGGCCGAAACAUCCGAGAGCGAGAGAGAGAGAGGGGGGGUCGAGGAGGCGGGGACAGCGGAAGGUGGCGCCCAACUAGCGGUCGCAGCGGGGGCGGAGACAGGGACGACAGCCGCAGGUCACUCGAGCCCCGCGGGGGAAGGGGCGGAGACAGAGGAGGCGGUGGCCCCAACAGAGAUGAAGAUGGAAGAGACGGGCGAUACGGAGACGAUCACGGACGACGCGGAGGCCGCGGCAGAGGAGGAGACCGUGGAAGUCGAGAACGGAACACUUCUCAGUCCAGCGGAACGUGGGCGCGACAGCCUCUCCACCUCACAGCGCUGCUCCAAGAACGGAAACCGCAUCUUCGAAUUCCUUCGUUACCCGGAAACAAGGGGUUCGCCGCCUCCUCGUUCCCCGCAGUGCCGGCGAGCACGCCGGCAGCGCCGGCCGGGCCUCCCGGCGGUGUACGUACAGCCGAAACCCCGCAGGUGCCGGAGCGGCUGCCAGCCAACCAGCAGAGUGCUCCGACUCCAGCGAUGCCUACAGCGAACGCUGCUGCAGUCUCGGCUGUCGGCAGCUCUUGGGCGUGGACGCUGGGGAGGAACGACAAACGACGAGUUCAAGUCGUCGCUUCCCUAGUCAGAGGAGAGGUCCCGUCUUCCCUUGUUCACUUAACGGGGCUGCUGAACGUCAGCCACCGCAGCAAGUGGGAAGAAGUGGCGGCGAAGACCAUCCACGCUGUAGUGACACUGGAAGCGGCGCAUCCGGACCAGCAGGCUGCCCUUGACGAGUACAUCAGCUACUUCACUUCGAAAGAACGCGCUGGAGUGGCGAAUGUCGGCACCCACUAUAUUUACUUGGUUCCCCCCAACUGCAGCCUCUUUGCUCGAUAUCAAGGACUGUUGCCAGCGCGUUUUCAGCAACCGUCAAACUUCCUCCUCGCACUCGCGGGCCCCCAGUACAGCACAGCCAGUGUGCCUGCCAGUGCUCCGCCGCCUGCAGAGGCUGCACCCGCUGCAAACACCUCGACGAGUCUGCCGUCUGCCGCGGACUUUGCGGGAAGUUACGCUGCGAAUCUGGGUGCAACGCCAGCCGGCGCGGCGGGCCUCACAGCGCUGCCUUCUUCCACACAGCAGGUGCCUGCGCAUCAGCAGAUGGUCGUGCCUUCUGCCUCAGCCGGGUUCUCUGCGCCUCAGCAGCAGCCUGCGCCGUCUGCUUCCGGGGCUCCCGCAGGUUUGUGUGCCGCUGGGGCCGGAGCGUCGCCUGCGUCGGGGGGUCUGGGGAGCGCUACCACUGCGAACUGGAUGCAGCAGCUGAGCACCAUGGCUGCUUUCUUGGGAGGCAGAAAGUGACCAGCGAGAAGCACAUUUUGCGUCGAAUGCUGCCCGUCUCUUCAGCCAAAAAUGCUUCGAACAGCGUACAAGUCGAGACACCGAGAAACGGAGACGGGCAUCCGUCUGUAGAGAAAUAGAUGUCUCUGUGAGAGAGUGUGCGUGUGUCGUUGCACACCUUUGUGUCUCUAGGUCACUUGCUGGGACUCUGUGUGAAAUCGCGGAGCAACGUCGUAGCGUCCCAGCAACUUGGGAAAGCUCCUUGCAUGCGCGACCGCGAACGGACCCUGUCGCUUUCUCAGACACAUUCAUUUGGAGGGGUUUCCUCGCGUCUUUGUGCGCUGUGCCCGCGUGCACAGGGACGCGCAGACGCACUUGUAUACAGCCGCAGGGAGACAGCUCGCAGGCGGGGAGGGGGGGGGGGAGUGAGGGGUCGUGAGGAACGAACAGGAGCUGUUUAGAAACCGCGACGGAGGCACAAGUGUUUUCCCGUCAACGAAGAAGAACUGAGGAAAGGAGAGACGCAGAACGGGCACUGCUACUCGGAAGAAGCCAAGAGAGCCGCAACUGCCGUCUCCCCAGUCCCCACAGAACAUACGAGCCAAGAAGACAAAUCUCCUUACAUGCACACAUA